AUGUCUUUACCGUUUCUACCUGGAACCUCCAACAAUAAACAGCUGGGCAAGGAGCGAUUCCACAAGUCCCAGCACUUUGACUAUUCCAAUGGCCUCCCGCUGAUGGUGGGCUCCGAGAAGCCGGGCAUCGGAGGAGAGCUGCUGCUCGGACAGAAGUUCAAACCCAACUGGGCGUCGCUCCCCAGGAGGGAGGGCUCGGAUCUGGCUUCAUGGGUGGCCUACGACAAACAGGUCCUGUCCUUCACAGCGUACUUCGAGGAGACCGUGCUGGGGGUGCAGGGUGAAAUGAACAAGGUCAGGGAGUGUAAGAUCUACUACUACCUGGAGGACGACACCAUGCAGGUGGUGGAGCCCAACCUGAAGUACACCGCCCUGCCACAAGGAACUUUUAUUCAUCGUCAACGUGUGCCGAUGCCCCCCCCGGACGAAGACCAGUUCUUCCAAGCGUUCCACUUCAACAUCAACCAGCAGAUGGUGCUGUUCUCACGCACGUUCACCGUGACCAGCUGUGACCCUUUCACCAGGAACUUCCUCAACCAUCUCGGGGUGAUUCUGAAUGAACCCGGGACGGUGCCCGAGGACCCCUACAGCAAACUGCGGGAGCAGCGGACGUCCCCCCGAUCCAGCCCAGAGCCCCCCCCGGUGCCCAGACCCCCCCGGCUGAUGCCCCCCUACAACGGCUUCGGCUCGGAGGAGGACUCGCUCAGCUUCUGCCGCGGCCUGCUGCCCAAGCCGCCGCUGAAGGACUUUCAAAAGUUCAUGUACAAAGACAGAAAGGUGAUGACGUUCCACGCCAAGAUUCUGACCGAGGAUCCCAUCGACAGCGAGCGGCUGUUCGUGGUCUCCUAUUACCUCAUCGAUGACACCAUCAACGUGUACGAGCCCGUGCAGAAGAACUCAGGCAUCCUGGGCGGCAGGUUCCUGGAGCGGGUCCGGGUGAGGAAGCCCGGCCAGGAGCUGUUCACCAGCGAUCCUCCUCGGUACUACGAGCCUCAGGACCUGUACGUGGGCGCCAGCCUCUUCAUCAACAACAUGAACUUCCGGCUCCUCGAUGCUGACGAGUACACCUUCGGUUACAUGGAGCAGAACGAGCAGGAGUUCCCUCAGGCCAACGUGGGAACCAUCCUCAGUAAACUGAGAUCGCUUCCCGAGGAGAAGCUGAGUGAGAUGAGGAAGCUUCUGACUCUCAGUGACCCCGGAGACUCGGGCUUCAUCUCCUACGAGUCGCUCAGGGGGCUGCUGGAGAAGCUGGACUGUGAUCUGUCGGAACAUGAGAUGCUGGUGCUGGGCCGAAGGUUCUGCGUGCACCAGCAGCCGGAGCAGGACGGGCCGCUGAUGCUGGCCGUGAUCCAGGACUUCCUCAUCAGGAAGAACUUUGAUGCAUUCUCCGAAAUGAGCAGCUCCCUCGAGUACCGCGACCGACAAAAAACCGGACGGAUCUCCACCAAAGAGACGAGGAGCAUCUGUAAGGGAUCCAGACUUCCUCUGCCCGAGAACCUGCUCGAUGGUCUGCUCCGCAUGUUUACAGUCGGAGAUGAGAUUGAUUACGUGGCCUUCAUGUCCGGGAUCAACUGGAGAGAGAACCGUGCUCCCAGCGUGAUGCCUGCAGACACCCUGAAGCUGCUCUUCGUUCCAUCGAGUUCUACAACCACACUCGUGCCUCAGUCUCGGAUCAGGUUCUCUUCUCUUCUCCAACAUCUCACAGUUUGACGUCUGCAGCUUCGUGACCCAGCAGCUCGUCUCAGAUCCAGAUCGACUCAACACACUCGUUCCUGAAUUAAAGAUUCUCUGCACUAA